AUGCCCGUCAAAUCUCCUGAAGGAUUUCUCGAUGGAUAUCAUUUCUUCAUCAACUGGUUUUCAUCGAAGCAGAAAGGCGUACUUCGACAUCACCUUGAGUACAAUGGAGCUCAAUGUGUGGAAUCAUUAGAGGAUUUCUCUCGUCCUUCUACCCCUAAGAUGGGACAAGGUCUGUAUGUGAUGGUUCCGUAUAAAACCCCAAGAUCGGACAUUCCAAGCCCAGAUGACAUGGCAUUGGAGUUUGAUGUGGUCAUAGAUAUGUCGCUUGGACGAUUUCUUGGUACGAAAGCUACGAAAGCUCUGGUUCUACCAGAAUCCUAUGCUGCAAGCACGCCGUUCCUAGGGUUUCCUCUUCUAGGUAAGUUCCCCGUGUAUACGCAACAUGAUUCGGUUCUGACUAAACUAGGAUUUUUGAGAAUGCGAAUAUGCUCCACUGGAUUUACACGUAUUGACCUUUUGCACCUUUCUAAAUCAGUCGAUUUGAUAGGUACGACGUACGACGAAUAUCUGACUCCUAAAGCAUCUAUCCUUAUAUAUAACGACCCCCGAAAAGCCAGCCUUAAAAAGCUACGAUGUAUAGCCGAAUGGAGAGUUCCUAGUUUAUACCCCAAAGUAAUAACAGCCAAGGAAGCCCAAGCACGGUGCCCGUAA